GCGUUACCUACCGAGGUACCUAGGUACCUAAGGUAGUAAGUUAUGCAUAGCAUAGCAUAGCAUCGCAUCGCAUAGCAUAGAAAUGUACUACGUACAUGUUUCGAACCUCUCGCCAACCUCACCCGCGCUAGCAAAAUCCGUGUGGUAAGUAUGUAGGCUUAGCUUAGUUUUCAAGAUGCGACGACGAGCCAGACAACCGUCCCUAUAACCUCAUAUACAUACGCUGUCCCAACCAGAUUCGACGGUGGGCGUGUACACAUCUCGGGCGCGCGCCGUUUGAAAAGGAAAAGAGAGAGAGAGAGCAAACACAACCACCAAGGCCUAUCCUUACCACCCUCUGCUAACCAACCUCUCUCCCUACCGCCUAACCUCUACUGCCUCCUGUUUGGAUCAUACCCACCCAAUUCUCUUCUCACCGACUUCCCCGACACCCUCGAUCCCCGUCUCGAUGCUAGACUUAGAGGGCACCGACGGUAUUACACUUGUCCGUUCCGAUGUGCCGCUACGAAUGUCUCGGGUCUAUCAUUCUUCUGCUCCAAAAUAUCAGCGAUAAGCUUAGGCCUAGGAAACCCACACGUGCCUCGCAAGGGUACAGCUGAGAGAAUCGCGGUGCUCUUGUACGGGUGCCAGGACGUUGUCCCCGGCCUUAACACCGCGCAACGCCGCCUCCAUGCUCCACGAGGUCUUGCUCUCCCUCUCGGGGCACCCAUCCCCCCUGCUCAGGAAUGCCCGCGCGGGCCCCGGGACCCAGUCCAUCGUUUCGCCGCCGGAGAGGGAACUGCUGAGGACGGCCGGGCAUCUGAGUGACCUCCAGUGCAAGCUCAUAAGCUAUACCGCACACAUCAGCGCGUCCCAUCCGUCGGUCAUAUGCCGCGCAGUUUCCACCGCUAUCAAUUCCAUCUACCUAGCCGCCUUCCAGAGGAAGGUGUUAGAAGUAGAGGCAAGCAUCCUUCGACAGGAUGCCUCACUCGUAGGCGCCUAUAACAUCGUGCCUCUGACUGCCGUCAUUGGCGAAUUCUCCGAGUGGAAUCGGCGCAUGGAGUGGCUAUGGGACUUGGUCCAGUUCCUCUUCGAGGAGAACGAGGGUUCCCCUUGUCGGACGUCACAUCUCAUCAAUAGGCUGCGCGACGAGCUUCGAACCGGAUACGCUGACAUCGGAGAGACUGCGCUCGCUCUCGUCAAAGUUGCCGAGGCUGCAUGGCUGAAGCAAGUGGCGGCCUGGGUCCUGUACGGGCGAAUACCGAUUCUAGGGGAUAAGGAUUUCUUCAUCCGGAGAGAUUUUGAUGCCGAACAAGGGUUCUCCGUCGAAUACAGUUUACUGCCGUCAUUCGUGACGCCGUCUGCUGCCGCGUCGAUGCUAUUCAUCGGGACAUCGUUGAAUCGGGUGAAACCCCGGGCCGGCAUAGAACCAAGCGGUAGCCGACCUGACCAUCUUUCAUCUCAGCUUCAGACGCUUGCCGACCUAGAGUCUCCUCUCAGCAGCGCGGCGUUUUCGAGGGCUAUCACGUCGAUUCGACUCACGCUCUCCCGGACAACUCUACAGAAGCUUCUGCCGCUGACCAAAAUCCUUGAGAUGCUUAGGCUCUAUCGGAGCUUUUUCCUACUCGGUCGUGGCGAAUUCGCGAUGGCCUUAACGCAGCAAGCUGCCGAAAUCAUCCGCAGCCGCUGGCGACGUGCCGAUAACCUGGCCUACGAGAAGCGCUCCGGACUAGGCAAUAUCGUAGUCAAAGAAGGCGAGGUGACAGCGGUUCUGAACAAAACAUGGGCAGUCUUGAGCUCGAUGCAGAGCCAGCACGCAGAUGAAGACGAGGAGCUCGAAUUGGCUAGGGAUCUCCUACGACUAGAUCUGUCCAAGACGAAACCACUUACGCCCAUGAAGGUCAAAGCUGGUGCUGGCAGCGUAUCGCCCGGCAACAUUGCGGCCACCCCCUUCAAAAACCUCCUUUUCUCCGUCCCCGCCGUCCUCACAUCUCAAAUUCCGCCACCGCUGGACCUCUUCUUGACCGCGUCCGACGUGCAAGUCUAUACCGCGAUCAAUUCCUACCUCUUAUCGAUCCGCCGCUCGCACCUCCACCUCACGGACCUAUGGAAGAUAACGUCCCUCCGCCGCCACCACCCGCCGCCGCCUAGGCCUCCGUACAGCACCACGAAGGGCGGCAUCGCGAGGACGCGCGUCCUCCGCGAGCGCUGGUCGGCCCGCUCCUCGGCGAUGCGGAGCGUCUGGAGUACCAGCAGCGCUGCAAUCUUCUUCCUAGCCGAGACCGAAGCCUAUCUCCAAGUCGAGGUUGUGGAGGGGCUGUGGGACGACUUCCACGCCUGGCUGACGACGGGUCGGAGAGAGCACGCUAGGCAGCACAGCCGACCGCCCUCCACAUACGGCACCCGACCAGGCACCGACGCCUCCUCGUCCUCCGAUGACGACGACGACGACGACGACGGCAAUAAAGACGGCGCCCGGACGAAAACAGCCUCGCAGCCGGAGGGGUCUCGGGCGGAGGACGGGGUCCCGCACCACCACCACGACCCGCAGACGCUCGCGAUCGCGCACCGGCUGUACCUGCGGACGCUGACGCGGCGGCUGCUGCUGACGCGGGAGGCGUUCACGGACGCGCUGUACGAGCUGCUCGUGGAGGCGGACCGGCUGGCGGCGCUGGCGGGGCGGCUGCACGGGAUCUGGGGGGCGGCGGACCUGGAGGCGGACGAGGGCGUGGUGGACGCCUUCUCGGACCUGGCGGCGGAGGAGGCGGACGCGCGCGCGGCGAUCCGCGACGCCGAGGCGCGCGUCCGCAGCGCCGUCGAGGCCGUCGUCGGCGUCCUCCGCGCCCUCAGCAUGGACAACGCGUUCGCGGCCGAGCUCGAGGACGGCGACGCCGCCGCCGCCGCAGUCGGGGCGGCGGAAGCGGCGGACCGGACCGCGGGCGCCGCGGUUGACGGCGCGGACGACGUCGGUGCCGACGGCCUGGACGAGGACGGCGCCGCCAGGUACACGCCCCGCCGCGUCGGCGGCAUCGACCGCCUGCUGAUGAAGCUCGACUUCGGCGGGUGGUUCGACGCCGGGCGGGCGGCGGCGCACGACGGCGAGGACCUCGGGGACCUCGGGGACGACGUGUUUUGAUAGGCGCUUCCGCUCCCUCCUCCUCCCCCCUUCUCUCCCACCUCGUCUACCCCCUACCCUACCUACCUACCUGCCCAAGACCACCUCUACGUCUUCCUCCCUAGCCCAACGAUGACGGCAUCGGCGCCGCGCGAUAACCCAACCGGCCGGCAAGAUAGCCUAAACAAAUCCCCUUCCCCCCCCUUUCACACAUCCCGGAUAAAGGGGUUCGUCGCUUACGCGCACAAAUAGGCUUACGCCGGUUUAUCGCUAUACGCGAUAUAUCUGCCCGACCUUUGCCUGCCUACCUACCUAACCUCCGUCGCCCGUCUCUUCCUUCGUCCCAGCCCAACCCGAGCCCAGCCCAGCAGCUCAGAGGCCCAGCCCAAGCCCUCCCCUCCCAGCAUACUAGGGCGGCGCCCCGAGCUUUCGUCUCCAGCGCCCGCCGCCGCGCCCGCGUUAGCUAGCUAGCGAGGUAGGAUCGAUAUAGAUGAUGAUGGUUCGGUAAUUUGCUGGGCGGCGACCGGCAGGGCGGGCGUGGACGGGCUAGACAGUUGGGAGGGCGGUUUUUUUUUUUUUGCCACAGCGCCAGAAACGCGUGAUAAAAACAAAAGAUAUUACCUACGUGUUACGUUUUAAUUUCGGUGGCUGUUAUGUCACAAUUUAAAGCAUGCUAAAAGAGGGACGCGGG